AUGACGGUAGGAACCAAUUUUCUUGUUAUUGUUGCCGAUGAUCUCGGCUUCACCGAUCUUGGAUGCUUUGGUGGUGAAAUCGCCACUCCAAACCUUGACAAAUUGGCCAAGCUGGGGACGAGAAUCACUGACUUUCACACCGCCCUGGCGUGCUCGCCCACUCGGCUGAUGUUGUUAAGUGGCACCGACAAUCACAUUGCCGGCCUCGGGCAAAUGAACGAAUUUGCCCGCAGACAUCCAGAAAAGUUCGAUGGUAAGCCCGGUUACGAAGGUUACCUCAACGACAGAGUGGCUGCACUUUCGGAAAUCUUGAAGGAUGCCGGUUAUCACACAUGGAUUUCUGGUAAAUGGCACUUAGGUCUUUUUAAAGAACAUUGGCCCAUCAAUCGUGGGUUUGAUGAUUCGUGGACGUUGUUGCCUGGUGCCGGUAAUCACUAUAAGUAUGUCUUCCGCGAUGAGAAUGGGGAGAUUCCCAAGUUUUUGCCCCCGUACUACGUUGAUGGUGAUCACGAACUUGAUCCCGAUACCGAGCUUCCCGAUGAUUUCUACCUGACGACAUAUUUCACCGACAAAGCCCUUGAGUUUUUGAAGAAACCUCGCGACGGCCCGUUUUUUGGCUUUUUGACCUACACCGCUCCUCACUGGCCUUAUCAAGCCCAUGAAGAAAUUGUUAAAAAGUACAGAGGCAAGUAUAAUGCUGGUCCUCAACAUUUGAGACAGCAACGUCUUGCGCAGGCAGCCAAACUCGGGAUUGUCGAUCCCAAAACCAUCCCCCAUCCGGUCACUUCUAUUCACAAGGAAUGGGAUGAACUUACUCCCGAAGAACAAGCUACUGAAUCUCGUAUCAUGGAAACAUACGCGGCCAUGGUGGAGAUUUUGGACCGGGAAGUGGGCAGAGUACUUGACUAUUUGGAAGAGACUGGUCAACUUGAUAACACAUUUAUCUCUUUCAUGAGUGACAAUGGCGCUGAAGGUAUGUUGAUGGAGGCUUUACCAUUGACUAGUGGUCGUAUCCACCACAUGAUCGACACUUACUACGACAACUCAUUCGACAACAUUGGUCGCAGGAACCUGUUCGUGUUUUACUCCGACCAAUGGGCUCAAGCAGCCACGGCUCCUCAUUCAAUGUACAAAAUGUGGACAACGGAAGGUGCGAUCGUAUGUCCAUUGAUUGUUAGACACCCUUCUUUCAAAACAGGGGUGGUAAAUGAAUUCACCACUGUCAUGGAUAUUUUACCUACUAUUUUGGACUUGGCCAAAGUCCCCCACCCCGGUAAUGAAUACAAGGGGCGAAAGGUGGUGCUGCCAAAGGGUAAAUCAUGGGUUCCUUAUCUUCAGGGUAAAACCGACCACGUGCACGACGAGAAUACUGUUGUGGGUUGGGAAUUGUUCGGACAACAAGCUAUUCGUCGGGGUCCCUACAAAGCGGUGUACAUUCCGAAGCCUUUUGGUCCAGAAAAGUGGCAAUUGUUUGAUGUUCGUAACGACAAGGGUGAAACUAAGGACUUGUCGAAGGAAAAGCCGGAAAUCUUAGCUCAACUUCUCGAUCACUGGGCAGAGUAUGUUGCUGAAACUGGCUUAAUUGAAUUAGGCUCGGACUUAUUCGAGAAGGAGAAGCUUCAUGAAGAUGACACUGUCGACUACAAAGUGAUCAAAGAUUAA